AAUGACGUCAUAGAUUGAGAAUGCCAGAUACGUAGACAAUAGUAACGCGUCAUGAUUUUCGUCUCCAUGUAAACUUAUCUUCCGGUAUCGUGCUGUUGCCAGACUCUGAAAUGCAGAACCAUUUGUUCAAACAAUUGGGGCCUGUAGCAAGAAAAGAUUGGCCAUUUGUUGGAGAUGUCGUCUGCGUUCAGUUGAUGGGCGAGGGAGUGUUCCCUGUACCCUUUCUACCAGAUGCCUCAUAUUAUGGCCUUGGCAGCGUAAUCGUCAAAGAAGCUCUUUCCCCGCUAGAAAAAAUCCGUCGACGCGUCCCUGGUGCCAUGGCGGUUGGUCGUCUGCAUGAUUUUGUCCGUAAAGGGAGCUCAGCCUUUCAAAUUGAGGACAUGAAACCUGUUCGGGAUGAGAACUCGACUAUAAAUCAAAACUACGUUUUCUCAGAGUCAGACAUGCGCAAUGGACUGAAAAAGGCGAUAUUUGUUGAAGUAACUGGCUGUUUUAAAGAAUCUUAUCCCGUCCUUCCGGAAGUCAACUCGCUCACGGUGGAUCUCCUUGAUAAAGGAUUCCACCACCUCGCCAAAUUUUACCUCGUCCAUACGGUGUACUACGCAAAGAAAGUACGCAUAGAUGUUACCAUAGGUGAUCAAAAGGACCAGUAUAUAGUUGAUGAAACCAUUCCCCUUGGCUUCAAACUGCGCAAGUAUAAUUUUGGACCGGAAGGUAAGCUUUCCAAGUACAAGGACAUAUCGGACCGAAACUGGAUGGUUACAUGGAUAGAGAAGUCCAAAAUAAGAACUCCGAUGGAUCGACUUCCAACUAUACCAGUUGAUAAGCAAAGCCAUAGCGAAGGUAAGAAUCGUAUCAAUGGAUCAGACUAACAUACCCUCCAAACA